UGUACGUCAUGUUUGAGGGACAGCUGCAAACCAAACAUUCCUCUCUGGGUCGAGGUCGCUCCUCCCUGGCGGAGCCCUUCGUAGCCAAUCGGGUGGCUAUCCUGCAGACAGACCCCAAUGCCCCUUUCUUGCUACAGUUCCCGCAGAGUAAAAGUCACGUUGGAACGAAAGGGGAGCGCUAUCCCCUUACAGCUGCUGCCAGAUAUUCGAUCGCGUUCGCAUGGCGAGAGGGUAACCUGAUCGGCUGAAGGCUUGCCGGAACCAGGGAGGAGUGACUUACCAGGAAAGGCUUGAAAAAUGUCUUCUUCUUCAGGAGAAGUCACAAUUUCAAAUGACAUCCAGAAGGAAAAUGUGAAGACAGACAGGCGAGAGUGUAUUAAGCUUCUUGCGCUGGAUACCGCGGAGUUGUCUAUGGAGCGCGCAACUUCGAACACUGAUGCGGUCCACAGUGAACUUCUGGUGAGCGCGACUUCUUCGCUGGCAUUCUCCCCGGAGCAAGUGGCGUGCGUCUGCGAGGCUCUGCAGCAGGGAGGCAAUGUGGACCGGUUGGCCAGGUUUUUAUGGUCCUUACCACAGAGUGAUUUGCUACGUGGUAACGAAAGCAUCCUGAAAGCCCAAGCUCUUGUCGCUUUUCAUCAGGCUCGGUACCAGGAGCUCUACAGUAUUUUGGAGAACCACAGCUUCAGUCCGUCCAACCACUCCUCGCUGCAAGACCUAUGGUACAAGGCACGGUACACCGAGGCAGAGAAAGCGCGUGGGAGACCCCUGGGCGCCGUGGAUAAAUAUCGCCUGCGGAGAAAGUACCCACUCCCCCGGACUAUCUGGGACGGGGAAGAGACAGUAUACUGCUUCAAAGAGAGGUCCCGCAACGCGCUGAAGGAUCUAUACAAGCAGAAUAGAUACCCCUCUCCAGCCGAGAAAAGAAACCUCGCUAAAAUCACGGGACUCUCCUUGACACAGGUCAGCAACUGGUUCAAAAACAGGAGACAGAGGGACAGAAACCCGUCCGAAGCACAAUCAAAAAGUGAAUCUGAUGGCAACCACAGCACAGAGGAUGAGUCUAGUAAAGGACAGGAGGAGCUCUCUCCAUGCCCCAUCUCCAAUUCAUCUGACGGGACGAUGACCCAUGGGGCCCUCCCCCUGCAGACAGGGUCUCUGGACAGUGGGUUGGUCAUUCAACAGAUUGGGGAUAUCAAGAUGCCCCCUGGAUCCAGCAGUGGGGUGCUCUUCAACGGGAACCUAGUGACCAGUAACCCCUCCACUGUCUUCCAUAACGGUGGCUCGUCUUACCUCCAGGCCCCCAGCAACAUCCUGUUCAACGGGCUCAACCUGGGCGUCCAGCCCCUGGCCUUCAACUCCCUGCGGCCCUCUGGGGGGGUCUUGAUGGGGGGCUCUGGUAUGGACAUACAGAUGCAGGCAGGCCAGGAGAAGGGGUUGGGUGGCUCCAGUGUGGACUACUCCUCCUACUCUGGCUGUGUGAACGGGGCAGAGGUGAAACUGGAGGGGGUUAACAGCAUGGCAGCUCAAAAUGGCGGCUCGUCCGUCCUCACGUUCAGCUCAUCCUCAGGGGCGCUCCAGCUGGGCGGUUACAGUCAGGUCCAUGUGCACAGCAGCAUAUCCGACGGCAAUGGGGCAUCUCUGCUCAACAGCAAUGUGGGUCUUCCUCCUCUGCAGCUCCCCUCUGGCUCCUCCUCCUCAGCACUCUCACAAGGUACAAUCCAAGUGAACAAUGUAGCAGUCAGUUCUUCCAGUGAGGACUCCUACCACCACCAGCACCAUCAGGACAAGCUGGCCAUGGCCUCCAUGCAUCCCAGCACGGUUCUCUACAGCAUGGGCAAUGCUGGACAGACUUCCAUCAAGAAGGAGCCCCUGGAGGGAGGUGGCAGUGGUGGGGUGUACUCUUACCACCAUGGCCUUCACCUGGACCCCAGUGGGCAGCUCAGCUACUCCUCAGCCCCCCUAAACUCAGAGGAGGUCCCCUCCAGCCAGGGCCCCCCCCCCUCCUCUGACGUAACCACGGUCAGCUCCUCCAGUCCAGAGCCUGAGGUCUACACCACCCUCACCGUCAGCACCCCUCUGAUGGCCCAAACAGACCCGAACGGCCACCUCCUCCAGUCUGGGGAGUACCUCAGAGGCCACAACCCACAGCCUGUCCCCUCCUCACACCUCCUGGGCCCUGGCAUGAACAACAACUACAUGUCUGUGUCUGAGAAUAAGGUGGACGCUAGUGGCGAUGGGGUGAAUGAGAUGGUGCGUGUCAUGUGUGGGGAGAUGGAGCCGGGGGAGGAGAAGGAGCUGGCCAAAUUACAGACAGUGCAGAUGGACGAGGAUAUAGCUGACCUUUAACCUGUAACCUAUGACCUUUCAUAAGCACUCAUAUCUGCCCAAGCAGUGAUGUGGUGAAUCUUUUUACAUUUUUGUGUGUUUUUUUACCAUUCAUUUUCUCUAAGUGUUAAAUUAUUUGCUAAUGUUGUGUUCAUUUUACCUUACAAUGCACUCUAUUCAGAUACAAACCCCUUGGAUUGGCACCAUGAAGUCAUCCUAAUUCAUUAUUUUAAAAGCCCCGAUCUUUCCUCUCUGCCUCACAGAAAGUCAUAACUAGCUGUUAUUUGUCCCUUGCACUGCAAAAGUCCCUUGCAUGCAUUUGAACCACAUUUUAAGUGUGCAUUUUUUAUAUACAGCACCUGCUACUUCCCGUUGAGUGGACUUGAUCCGCAGAAGCAGGUGUUGGAAUGGCCCUGGUCAUGUGACCAGGAUGUUCCUCCAAACUAAAUGCGUCAUCUGGGUCAACCCAAAAAGGUCAUUUAGUAGGGGGAGGGAAGCGUCUCUAAGAAAAUGUUCACUAAACCACUACAACUGCUGCACUAAAAACCACAUAUAAAACCACAUACGAAUAACAGGACCAUCACUGUGCACAGCAGUUGCUGAUUUAUGCAAUGUAGUCCUCUUCAAAUUCUCAGAAAGUCAUUCAAGUCUACCAUCCUCCAUAGUACAUUCAUAAUUUGUUACAUAUCAUGUGGGCUGAGGAUGAUUCAUCAUAUUUAUGGCAUGGUUUCUGUUCGAGGGACAUAAGAAGAAAUGAAUGUGCCUUUAUGCCCCGUAGAAUGUCAGGCUGCACUGACCUCUCCUAAUUUGCACUAGCAUCAAAACACUAUAACAGAAGAUUGUAGCUUCAAAGAACCUACCUUUCUCUCUGGACUGAUCAAACCAUAUCAAAUCUAUACUGUGAAAACAUAUUUCAAGCUUCAACCAUUAUUGGAGACAGGGAGAGGUUAUAAAGGGGUUGUGACACAGUCUGUAUCUAUUUGAACAUAGUAAGACCACUACAUGCUGUUUGGCAACAGUAUGUCCCAUCAUUCAUUUUGAAAUGUCUCUCAAACUGUCUCUGUGAAAAUAUACAUCAGUUAUAUUUGUCUACACAGUAAGAUGCAAGCACAUAUGUAUAUUAUUGACUGGUGUGCCUGUUUGUGUGUUUGUAUGAGAAACCGGAAGGGGAGCAUUGUGUUUGAGGGAGGAGAACUACAUGCAGUCCGAAGUGUUUUAUAUGGAGAGGGAUUUCUAUUGUGUCCCUUUGCAUGGCAAACUGAGUUAAGAAUAUUACAAUGUCCUGGUUACUAGUGCCUGUUAUUUUCUAAAUACGAUUGAGUGUGGCUAACAAGUUCUCUACACUAUGAUUGAUGUAUAGGUGCAGAGUGAGACACAUGCAAAACUUCCAUGGUUUUCAGAUAAAGCUAUUCCAAUUUGGGUCAUUUCCUGGUUUUAUCAGAUAGGCGCAUAAGCCAGACAUCUCCUGUGAUGUUGAGGUAGGGAGUGAGUGGGCCUCAUAAGUCAACAAAUGUAUGUGGAGCACUUCACAACAGAAGACUUGAACUCCACACAGACACACAACACAAACCAUAAUACCCCAUCUCAACCACAUGACCAGCAGAUGUCAUUUACACAUAACAGUAAGACAUUAAGUAUACAUCCAUACAUCCAUGUACAUAGAGUGGCCAGUACAUUUUCCUUUGUCAGGUUCCAUCACCUAAACCCCCACUCAGAGUAGAGCUAUGAACAGACUGCAAACUGACGUAAAGAUUACAUUACAAAACAACUUUGUCUACAUGCUCUGAUGUCAUGUACCAAAAAUAAGCCAUAGGCAUAUGGUAAAACAGAUAGUUUUUUAUUUUAGCUUGAACUGUAUGUUUGUAAUCUGAAAUGAUGUGAAUGUAUUUUUCUAAAUCUCCAUACUACAUUAAAAGUUUUAUAUUUA